AUGUCACCCUUGCUACCUUGCAGAUCAAGACUUCUCGACGAAUCGUUCCCUGCAGUGAGUAGAGCUACGAGAUAUUUACCUGAGUUUAUCUUAGAAACCUCGUGCAAAAAUUGUCCACGAGUUAAGAAAACAAAAAACAGUAAAUUUAAAUAUAAGAAAAGAUAUGUUCUAGCCGAAGGAGCCCAUCUUACAAUAACGUGUCCAGAGUCAAACUUGGAAACGCAAGUAAUUUGGAAAAAAGACGGACUUGUCUUGCAUAAAGGAAUAGGACGAUCAUUUCGAGAAAAGGACUCCGAACCCAGCGUCCUGGUAGACACAUUUGCUACAUUGUAUCUUAUAGGUGUUUCAAACGCAGAGGAAGGCAAUUAUACCUGUUACGUUGAAACAAUCAACAUGAUGGAAGUGAAAAUCAUUGUAGUGUCCAAAUCUUUAUUACUAACUCAAGCUUUCUUACGACAUAUGGGUUACUUAGGAUUCAUAUUCCUACUCAGCUCAUUCUGUUACUGCGGAGGACUGAUCAUUGUUUGCAAAGAGAGGGAUAAGUUUAAGAUUAAAGAUUAUAAGGAGAUCGAGGCUCGUGAAAUGCAAAAGAAAACAUUUUUUACAAACAAAGCGUAA